CGGUGUUCCGCCCACAAACACAAGGUGGAGUUGGAAAAAGGAAAGCGAAAAAAAAUACAUACUGAUCUAAUAUAUGAAGCUGUCAAACAGCCAUCCACAAUUUGGAAAACGAGCAUUCCCUUUAACGUAUAAAGGCACCUAGGCCCAUAUACUAACACACCAGUGGGUAGACGUCCCAAAAAUGAUAGUAAUGACGCAAAACCAAUAUAUGAGAAGUCUAACCAUCUCAGGUUCGAGAUUUGAGGUUAGUCAAAUGAUGCGAACUUUCGGUAUUGGAAGCUCGUUCGGUUUGCCCCAUCAAAGUGUUGCAAACAUGGGCAACGGAGCGGACAUGAUGGCCGGUGUUCGGUCCGGGUCGGUCGGAUCGCCCCCUUCAGAUGUAAAAAUGCGAUGGCGGCUGACGGAAACGACGGCGGUGGCGUCGGUCCGACAACAUGGAAGACGCCUCGGCGUCGUGCAACGGUUGGGUGGGGAGUGGGAAGCUUGCUUCGCGUUGACUGGAGGGAGACGGCGAGUGCGAUGGAGGCGGGGGAAGAAUCAUCUCUGCGGGGACUGGAGCCGAGGACCGACGGCGCAGUACUGGCGAUCGUUCAACCCUCCCCUUCUUCCUCCACAACGACGCCGAGAAGCAGCUAGUUCACCGUCUUUGUGGCACAUCCAGCCCUACCACCACAACGUUCAUAGCCGACCCAUGUGUGAAAACGUGUACGUUGUCGUUUUUUAUAUUCCCGUCAUUUUAAAACGUAUUCGAGACUAAAUCUAGGAUAACACACAAAUGAAUGGAGACAUGGAAGCAACAUCCCAACAUCAAUCGUGGGCGCAGGAGGACAUGCUCCAGUUGCUGGAGUCCAUGAAGUUGGCACUGCCACCGAAGGACCUGACAAAGUACAAGACGUCUGAGUCCCACCUGGACUGGCAGAAGGUGGCCUUCAACUCCUACACGGCCGAGAUGUGCAAGCUGAAGUGGCAGGAGGUCUCCAAAGAGAUCCGUAAAUUCCGGACCCUCACAGAGCUGAUUUUUGAUGCUCAAGAUUAUAUCAAGAACCCAUAUAAAGGCAAGAAACUAAAGAAACAUCCGGAUUUCCCGAAAAAGCCCCUGACGCCAUAUUUCCGCUUCUUCAUGGAGAAGAGGGCCAAGUAUGCAAAGUUGCAUCCGGAAAUGAGCAACUUGGAUCUGACCAAGAUCUUGUCCAAGAAGUACCGUGAGCUGCCGGACAAAAAAAAGAAAAAAUAUGUGGACGACUUUUUGAAGGACAAAGAGACAUUUGUGCACAGCAUGAUGAGGUUCAGGGAGGAUCACCCGGAGCUUGUGGAAAGCAUGACUAAGAAAGGCUCAAAUGUUCCAGAGAAGGCCAAAACGCCCCAACAGCUGUGGUACAACCAUGAAAAGAAGGCCUUCCUCAAAGGCCACCCAGACGCUACCACAAAGGACAUCAAGGAUUGCCUCAGCAAGCAGUGGACGCAGCUGUCGGACAAAAAGAGACUUAAGUGGAUCGCCAAGUCGCUCGAGCAGCAAAAGCAGUACGAGGAGACAAUGCGCGAGUACAUUCAGCAGCACCCCGAGAUGAACCUAACCCAGGGGGACAUCGUCAGGUCCACGCUGACCAAAGCCGAGAGGCACCUGAAGGACAAAUCUGACGGGCGGCCCGACAAACCCCCUCCGAACGGUUACUCCAUGUUUUGCGCCGAGCUCAUGUCCAGCAUGAAGGACGUGCCCAGCACUGAGCGCAUGGUCAUGUGCAGCCAGCGCUGGAAGCUGCUCAAGCAAAAUGAGAAGGACGCCUACCAGAAACGUUGUGAGCAGAGGAAGAAGGAGUAUGAAAUUGAGAUGAACAGAUUCCUCAGCAGUUUGUCUGCGGAGGAACAGCAAAGGGUCUUGGGUGAGGAUAAGGGGGGCUUCAAGAGAGGCAGCGUGGCCAACAGCCCUGCGUCCAAAAAGAACUCCAAAGCUAAGGGCAACCCGGAGAAACCCAAGCGGCCCAUCUCGGCCAUGUUCAUCUUCUCCGAGGAGAAGCGUCCCAAGCUGCACCAGGACCGUCCGGAGCUCUCGGAAAGCGAGCUCACGCGAAUGCUUGCGCGCAUGUGGAACGAGCUGCCGGACAAGAAAAAGGAGAAAUACAAACGGCUGGAGGCGGUCUUAAAGGCGGAGUCGGAGAAAAAGGAGGACCGCAGUCUGCCCGACCCACCCAAGACGGCGCAGGACAUCUGGCAGCAGAGCGUCAUCGGAGACUACCUGGCGAGAUUUAAGAACGACCGUCCCAAGGCACAGAAGGCGAUGGAGGCCACUUGGAGCACCAUGGAAAAGAAGGAAAAGAUUAUGUGGAUCAAAAAGGCGGCAGAAGACCAGAAAAGAUAUGAGCGAGACCUGUGCGAGAUGCGUUCGCCCGUCGCCACCGCCGUGGCCUCGGGAAAGAAGAUGAAGUUCGAGGGCGAGCCCAAGAAGCCGCCGUCAAACGGGUACCAGAAGUUCUCUCAGGAGAUGCUGUCCAAUGGCGAGCUCAACCACCUGCCCAUGAAGGAGAGGAUGACGGAGAUUGGCAGCCGCUGGCAGAGGCUGCCUCUCAAGGACAAGGAGCGCUACAAAAAGAUUGCCGAAGAGAUGCAGAGGCAGUAUAAAGUGCUGCUUGAGCAGUGGCUCGCCAGCGUAUCUUCUCAAGUGAGGAACACCUACAAAGAGUACAACUCACAGAAGAGGAAAGCCCCGGCAAAACCAGGAGGCCCCAAGCCCAAGGCCAAGAAAUCUGACACUGAGGACAACGACGACGACGAUGACGACGACGACGAUGAUGAUGAUGAAGAUGAAGACGAUGACGAAAAGGACAAGGCUUCCUCUGAAGGGGCGUCCUCCAGUGAAGAUGACGAUGAUGACGAUGACGUAAGUUGCGUUAAGGAUGAUGAUGACGACGACGACGAGGAUGACGACGACGAGGUGGAUGACAAGGAGAACAAGUCAGAAGACAGCAGCAGCGAGUCCAACUCGGGCGGCUCCUCAGACUCGGACUCAGACUGAAGGGCGGCGGCGGCCAUUGUCGCCAGGGGCGCACCGGGGGCGGGACCGCCGUGACGGCGGGACAGACCAAGCUGAGCCACGGGGGUUCAUCCAGGAGGGAGUGAGCACUGCCACUGUGCCAACCCCUACCCAAGCCACCUCCGUUUCACACGCCCACUUUUUUGUUGUUGUUGUUGUUGGGUUCCCUUCAGUCCCUCACCCAGUUUUAGUCAGACCCGCAUCCCACUGGUUUGGCGAUGUUCUGAACUGACACUUAUUUUUUUUUUUGUAUUAUUAUUUGUUUUUAUUUUUACAUUUUAAAACAAUGUCUCCCAUUUUAUUUGAUUGUUCCGCAGGGACGAGCCAGGCUUCUCGCAGCCAAAGAACACGACGACCGGGUGGGACACUUAAAGCAGGGAGAGGGGCGGGCAGGAUGCGAGGGUGUUUGUACUGGAAAAAUUGCACUCUUAAGAAUGUUUCCUUGUUAAUACUUUUUCCCCUCUCUCCUUUUUCUCUGCUUUUGAUUUUAUCUUGUUGAGUUCUAAAAGAGGUGGUAUUUUUUCAGAAAUUAAAAAAAAAACAA